UUUUUAUAAAUAAUAUCAGUAUUUAAUAGAAAUGGAUAAAGAAGAAGUGUCAAAAGAUGCAGGUGAAGUGUCUGAGGAAUCUAAAGAAGUUUCAUCUGCAACAAGUCCAGCCCAAGAGUUUUAUGAAGAAGCGACCUCUAAGCUUAAGAAAAUGGGAUACCACAUUUUCAAAGAUGAGGAAGAUGGCAUGACUAAGUUUAGACAAACAGAUGAAAAUAAGAAAUUCAAGUUUAUUAACCAGAAACAUUACGAUCUGCUCGGAGACAUCCUGUGAGACUGGAUCCAAGGAUACAUGAUGACUCACCAGAAGAUGAAUAAGGUCAUGAUUCCUUUUGAUAGUGAGCUUAAAGAGGGUUGCGCUCAAGCACCAAUUUUCAUUUCUGAUGACUGGGAGACCAACACAGAAAGAGCAUUAGUCCUCAUUCAAGGAACUGGAGAUGUGCGCUCAGGCUACUGGGCUAGAAGUGUUUGAAUGAACGACAACCUUGAUCUUGGAAGUAUGAUUCCUGAUAUAGAUUUUGCUCAGGAGAAUGGGUUCUCAGUUCUUGUCGUGAAUCCAAACUACUCAUACACUCCUGACAAGGUUAGAGUGGAUCCAAAAAUCAGAGGUAUGAACUACCAUUCUAAUUAUUGCUGGGCAAAGUUCGUAGAAAAGGGAGUAUGUCCAGCAAAAGAGAUAUUUAUUGUUGCCCACUCUGCAGGUGGAGGAUGAGCACAUGAGAUCAUUGUCAACAAUGAAUCAACAAUGAUAGAGAGAGUCAGAGCCAUUGCCCUCACUGAUGCCUGUCAUGGAAGAUUCUAUACAGAUCUAGGUGAUGAAGGCAAAGAGUGGGCUAAGGAAAGUUGUAUUGCAUAUGAUGCAUCAAAAGAACCUCUUGAUACUCCACUUACAAACAGAUACUUUAAGUCAAUAUUCCCUGAAGUUUCAGCAGGCCAUAACAAGCAUGUAUAUACAACUGGUUGCGCUAGAGAAUCGUACCUUAAAUGGUUCUAUAACAGAUCAAAGACCCUAGCCGAAUAAAUUUGCGUAAUUGAUAUUUUCAAC